AUGGCGCUUACCGCAGAACAACAAAUCACCCAUCUCCGGUCUCUUCUGGACAUACUUACCACCUCGACCAACGACCUCAUCGCCGAACUCUCCUCCUCCUCCACUUCCGAGUCCAAGGCUGAAAACGGAGCCGCGGCGAACCAUGCAGAUGUUCGCGUCCCGGCAGACCCCAAGACGGAGGAGGCCCGCAAGCGCGUCAUCGCCGCGACGGCCUCCCUCGAGGCGGCCGUCUUCACGCCCCAGUGGCGCCUCGGCCACCUGGCACACAGCUACUUCGUGUCCCGCGCGCUGCACAUGGCCGUCGAGUGGGAGAUCCCGCGGCUGCUGGCGACCAACGGGCCCAUGGGCCUCGAGGCCCUCGCCGCCGCGACGGGCGUCGUCGACACGCGCAAGCUGGGGCUCGUGAUGCGGACGCUGUGCGCGCACCACGUCUUCGCCGAGACGGCCCUCGACGUCUUUGCCAACGACGAGGCGUCGGCCGCCCUCGCCAGCGACGAGCGCCUCGCCAACUCGGUCCGCUACGCCUCCUUCCUCUUCCCUACCGCCGACGUGCUGCCGGGACUCCUGAAGGACCCGGCCCUCUGCGCCAGCUACGCAUCGCGAGACUCGGCCUUCGCCAGGAGCAUUGGCAAGGGCAUGGGCCAGUUCGAGUACCUGAACGCGCACCCGGAGUGGCGCGACUGCUUCAACUUGUGGCUCGCCUCGCUGGGCGAGUACCUGCACGGGCUGACCGACGUGGGCGGCUACCCGUGGGAGUCCACCCUCCGGAACGGCGCCGUGGUCGUCGACGUCGGCGGCGGGCUCGGCAGCUCGAUCCAGGCCCUGCGGGCCAACUUCCCCGACCGCCGCGGCCGCGACGACUUCGUCGGCAUCGUCCAGGACCAGCCCGGCAUGAUCGAGCACGCCACCGCCCACUGGCAAAAGACGGACCCGGAGGCGUUGGCCACGGGCGCAGUCAAGCUUACCGUGCACGACUUCUUCCACGAGAACCCCGUCAAGGGCGCCGACGUGUACUGGUUCCGGUCCGUCAUCGUCGACUGGCAGGACGACGACCUGACCAAGAUGUUCACGCACAUCAGGAACGCCAUGGCGCCCGGCAAGUCGCGCCUGCUGAUCGGCGAGUACAUCAUGCACCCGACGUGCGGCGACGCCCUGCUGCCCAACGCGCCGUCGCCGUUGCUCAAGAACUACGGCGAGUUCCAGGCCAUGGGGCUCAUCUCGGGAUUCAUCCUGACCGUCAGCCCCAACGGUGUUCAGCGGACCGUCCGGGACCUGAGCAAGGUGGUGGAAGCGGCUGGCCUGAAGAUUGUCAAGGUUUGGAUUUGCCGUGGCCUGGGCCAUGUGAUUGAGUGUCGGUUGAAGGAGGACGCGGUAGCUGCUGCGUGA